CACACGACACAUGGAUGAUUUGUGUGUAAACAGUACAACAGCCACAAGCUAGAAGGAAUAAUUGACACUAGAACUUUGAUAAGCUCAUUCAUAAGGAAGCCACGUCUGUCUUUUAAGUUCUUUGGAAUAACUGGGAUCUGAUUCUUCAUUUUAAUCGGGGUGUUUUUUUUUUUGUUGUUGUUGUUUCUUUUUUGUUUUUUUUUCCCGAACCAAACUGCAAAAACAGGAUUUAGUAGCACAUUUCACUUGUACAGAGCAGCGUUUGUUCACUUCGAGUGUUUGGGACAGGAAAUCGAUCUACAGGGUAACAUUCCCACAAAAAAGGGAAACAGUAUGGGACGAUGGCUUGUUAGUACAAGUGACUCUGUUUUGGAAAUUACCGACAAGAAACCUUGGAGGAAGAACAGCGUUAAAGAUCAAAAGCAUGAAGACUCCUGAUGAAAGCAGCUCCAGAUGAUGAACCCACGAGCGAAGAGGAACUUCUACCUGGCGGCCCCUGACUUGCUGGAUCCUAAGUCUGCCGCUCAGAACUCCAAACCGAGGCUCUCGUUCUCCACGAAACCCACCGUUCUUGCUUCCCGGGUGGAGAGUGACACGGCCAUUAAUGUUAUGAAAUGGAAGACGGUCUCCACGAUUUUCCUGGUGGUUGUCCUCUAUCUGAUCAUCGGAGCCACUGUGUUCAAGGCUUUGGAGCAGCCUCAGGAGAUUUCCCAGAGGACCACCAUUGUGAUCCAGAAACAGACAUUCAUAUCCCAGCACGCCUGUGUCAACUCCACUGAGCUGGACGAGCUCAUCCAGCAAAUAGUGGCAGCAAUCAAUGCGGGGAUUAUCCCCUUAGGAAACACCUCCAAUCAAAUCAGCCACUGGGACUUGGGAAGCUCUUUCUUCUUUGCUGGCACUGUUAUUACAACUAUAGGAUUUGGGAACAUCUCCCCACGCACAGAAGGUGGAAAGAUAUUCUGUAUCAUCUAUGCCUUGCUGGGAAUUCCCCUCUUUGGCUUUCUGCUGGCUGGAGUUGGAGACCAGCUGGGAACCAUAUUUGGAAAAGGGAUUGCCAAAGUGGAAGAGACAUUUAUUAAGUGGAACGUCAGUCAGACCAAGAUUCGCAUCAUCUCCACCAUCAUAUUUAUCCUGUUUGGCUGUGUCCUCUUCGUGGCUCUGCCCGCGAUCAUAUUCAAACAUAUAGAAGGCUGGAGCGCCCUGGACGCAAUCUACUUUGUGGUUAUCACUCUAACAACAAUUGGAUUUGGAGACUACGUGGCAGGUGGGUCAGACAUCGAAUAUCUCGACUUCUACAAGCCUGUGGUGUGGUUCUGGAUCCUGGUAGGCCUGGCCUACUUUGCUGCUGUUCUGAGCAUGAUUGGGGAUUGGCUGCGGGUGAUUUCCAAGAAGACGAAGGAAGAGGUGGGAGAGUUCAGAGCACACGCUGCCGAGUGGACAGCCAACGUCACUGCGGAGUUCAAAGAAACCAGGCGGCGGCUGAGUGUGGAGAUCUAUGAUAAGUUCCAGCGUGCCACGUCAGUGAAACGGAAGCUCUCCGCAGAGCUGGCUGGGAACCACAACCAGGAGCUGACGCCUUGUAGGAGGACCCUGUCAGUGAACCACCUGACCAGUGAGAGGGACGUCUUGCCUCCCUUACUGAAGGCUGAGAGCAUCUAUUUGAAUGGUCUGACACCACACUGUGCUGGGGAAGAGAUAGCUGUAAUUGAGAACAUUAAGUAGCUCUCUUUUGGACAGUCACAGUGGAGAGUUCUCUAGGCUCUUUAUGACCUGCCGGUAGCAUCUAAACAUUGUGCAUGAUGAACUCUAAGGAAAAGCAAAUAGAUACACCCAUCUGGUCACCUGCCAUCCAGGGAGUGCCUGGUCCUGGGCCAGCACUCUCUUUCGAGGAGGCUUAUGAGCUGCCCGCUGAGUGAGUGGACAGACAGCCGAUGUCUGAUGCCUUCUUGUGCCCAGACUGUUUUCCUCCCCCCUUUUUCCUAACGUGCCAUAAAGGCCUCAGAAUGAAUUAGAACAGUCUUGGUAAUCGCAUAGCUUGGAGGGAUCAGUCCUUGACUUUUCAGGGUUUACCUAACUGAGCCUGGAUACAGAGCACUUAGGGAUGACGAUGUUUCUUUCUGUAAAUGGCAAGAAGUUCUUAUGCAGCCUUUUACCUAAGAAAUUUUCUGUCAGUGCCUUAUCUUAUGAAGAAACAGAACUCUCUCUAGCGAACGUGUGGUUGCCCCUCCCUGCCUCCUCCCUGGGCUCACCUCUGCCGUCUUUUACGCCUCGUCCCCCCCUUCCAAUUCCAUACCUUGCUGGAAGCAGUGUGUGGAUUGAUUGAAUUGAUGAUGCUCAAGGAAGGAACAGAUGCCAAGCGUGGCACUGAAGCAGCAGUCAGAAACGCUAGCGUCAAAGGCACUGCAGAGGAGGGCGAUGCAGAGACAGCCUCUGAGUAUUUAUUUGACUCAGGUACCAAUGGUACAGCUCUAUAUAUGUACAGCAUAAUAUUACCAGGCCAGUGACUUUGGCUGCCUCUACACAGACCCCCUUUCCCGGCAGUAUUUGGAAUUUAUCAUUUAUUAAUAACUAGUCAUUUUUAAAGGCAGAAGAGAGCUCAUGUGUCAUAUAUAUAUAUAUAUAUAUACAUACAUAGAUGUAUAUAUAUGAGAUCUAAUAGAAGAAAACCGCUCACAUUGAUUGUCACCAUGAAGUGAGUUCAGGCAGUUGGUAUGAAUUCAUUCUGAUGAAACAAAGUAGCAAAGCAUUGUGUUUGGAGUACUUGCUAAUAAACAUAUCACUGCCAACCUCCAUUUACUUCGUGAUGUACGGAAAGCUUACAUCAUUUUCUUUUAUUGAGUGGUUCUUGCCAAAUUGAAGGGUUGGGGUGAUGCCCAGUGAGGGGUGGAGGUGCAGUCCCAGCUGACCAAGGGUCCCUCUGGAGUCCUGAUGCGGUGUGAGUACAGACGCUGGGCUUGCGAUCAUUGUGACAUUUGCACAUGGAACAGUGGAGACUGGUGAUAUGAUUCAUCUGUAACAUAAGAGGAAACACUCGUAGCACAAUUUAAAUCCUGAGAAUUAUUUUAAGAUAGAGAAGGCCAAUAAUCCUUUUUAGCUCAAACUUAUAUUCUGAAUUCUUUUGGGUGUUUUCAAGAUUCAGAAAAGAAAAUCAGUAAACGCACACAGUAAAUUGCUAACCUUUCCUUCUAUUUUCAUAUUCACAUCUACUGUACACUGUAUAUAUUUUUUAAAUACAGAAGGAAAAUAAUUUCCCUAUAUUUAAUUGCAAGAUCAGUUUCCUUUCCUUUGGGGGAAGGGCCAGGCAUAUGUGAACAAGUGGCAUUCAGAUUAAAAUCUUAAGAAAUAAACACAGAAGCCUCAAAAAAUAAAACACCAAGAGAUUGAUAUUUUCCAAAAUUUGAAUUUAAGCUGUAAAUGUAAAUAUUCAGUUAGCUUGCUGAGAGUACUUUUAUAAACCUACAAAAAUUCUAAACAAAAUUUUAGAAAGCCAGGCUCUUUUAGAAAGAAAGCUACGCCCAUUUCCUCAAUAGCGGUUUGAAAACUCAUAUGGUGGGAUGCACCAUGUAUAAACUGUGAACUGUAUCAACAAAUAAAGUUUGUAAUUAAAG